GUCCCAGUGAAACACACGUUGGCCAACAUUCAUUCCAGGUUUGAGACCUUGUAGACGCCAAAACAGGAGGAAGAAAAAACAAGAUGGCGUUUGAUGGAGAAGACGUUAUUGUGGUUAAUAACGUUACUUAAAUAAUCAGUGCAUACAUGUACACAUAUAUGUCGUUUAACAGAGUACACAUCGUUAAUAUUUAUUUAUAUCCGGAUACAUUAGUCUGAGAGCACUGUGACGCUUCUCGUGCUAGCCUGCUAGCUAGCUUAGCUUAGCUUGUUAGCCGCUAACAAAGAGGCGCGGAAGUUAUCAACACGUCGCUAAGCAGAGAUCAAGUGUGAGUGUAAAGUGUUGUGAUUGUGUGGAAAUGUGCGAAAGAACGAUCGCAGAGUACGAGGAGGAACUUUGUCCAACAAAAGAGGAGAAGGAGCUACUGGACGCUGUUAUCAAGAAACAUCAAGUUGUGUUACACAGAACAGACGUUCAGCAGCACCCCCACAUUAAAGAGGAAGAGUCACAUAGCCUUCAUGUAAAACAGGAAGAGGAGGAGCCACAGCCUUUCCACUUUAAAGAAGAAGAGGAGGAUCUCUGGGUCACUCAGGAGGAAGAGUGUCUUCUAGGGCAGGAGGGGGCUGAUCUCACCAAGUUUCCAUUGACUGUUGUCUCUGUGAAGACUGAAGACCAUGAAGACAAACCACCUGAGUCCUCACAGCUUCAUCACAGUCCAAACGUCUGUGAAGAACAUCUUCUCCCUGAGCAGCAAGAAUGGACCUCCAGGAUGGAGCAGAAAAAACAGCUUCCCCCCCACAUUAAAGAGGAGGAGGAGUCUCGGCCACCCCACUUUAAAGAGGAAGAAGAGGAACACAGCAUCAGUCAGGAGGGAGAGUAUCGUGAAAAACUGGAGGAGGUUGAUGUCACCAAGAUGCCAUUGACUGGUGUGAUUGUGAAGAGUGAAGAUGAUGAGGUCAAAGGUGAAAGUGAGAAGAGAGAGGUGGAGCCUCCAAGCAGCAGCUCAACUCAACACAUGACAACAGAAUCUGAUGGAGACCACUGUGGAGGAUCACAAGCAGACAAGAUCUUAGCUCCACUAUCAGAUAGUGACGACACAACGUCACACUCUCCUGACACUGCUGAUGAAGACUCUAAAGCUGAUAAGACAUGUCACACUGACAACACACACUUGACAUGUUCUCACUGUGACAAAACUUUUAAAUACCGUUGUGAUCUUAAAGUGCACAUGAGAAUACACACUGGAGACAAACCUUUUUCCUGCUCAGUGUGUGGUAAAGGUUUUGCACGAAAAAAUGUAUUGAAAGAACACAUGCAAACACACACUGGAGAAAAACCUUUUUUUUGCUCACUGUGUGGAAAAGGUUUUGCACGAAAACAUGUGUUGAAAGAACACAUGAGAACACACACGGGAGAAAAACCUUUUUCCUGUUCAAUCUGUGGCAAAGAUUUUGUAAGAAGACAGUAUUUAAAAGCACACACGAUAAUGCACACCGGAGAAAAACCUUUUGCUUGUUCAAUCUGUGGAAAAGCUUUUGUACAAAGUCAAUAUUUGAGUAUACACAUGAGAACACACACCGGAGAAAACUAUUUUACCUGUUCAAUCUGUGGUAAAGGUUUUGUACGAAGUCAAUGUUUGAAAGUACACAUGAGAGCGCAUAUCGGAGAAAAAACUUUUAUCUGUUCAGUUUGCGGUAAAGGUUUUGUACAAAGUAACAAUUUGAAAAAACACAUGAAAAUACACACUAGAGAAAAAUCCUUCACCUGUUCAAUCUGUGGUAAAGAUUUUGUACAAAGACCGCAUUUAAAAGUACACAUGAGAAAGCACACUGGUGAAAAACCUUUUUCUUGUUCAAUCUGCGGUAAAUGUUUUACACAAAGUCAGAGUUUGAAAAGACAUGUAAGAUUGCACACUGGAGAAAAACCUUUUGCCUGUUCAAUAUGUGGCAAAGGUUUUGUACAAGGUCAAAAUUUGAAGGGACACAUGAAAAUACAUACUGGUGAAAACCCCAUUCCUGUUCAAGCUGCAACAAACUUUUGUGAGGGAUCAAAACGGAUAACACACAUGAGAACACACACAGAUGAGAAAGUGUUUAGUUGCAGUGUGUGUGAUGAAAGAUUCUCUUAUAAGUACCAGUGUAAGAAACACAAGUGUGCUGGUAAGAACAGCAGCAAAUGAAGCUGCAGGAUUUUCAAUCAACCAUCAAGACUUUGAUAACUUUGAGUUUCUAAUAACAUCAGCACAAAUUAAAUGUGUGACACUGUUGUGUAUGUAACACAAUGUUGUUAGUAUGCUUCUAUCAUUAAUAGAUUAUAUAUUUUAGAUGAGUGGUUUUUCAGUCAAGUACAUGCAUUAAUAUUCAAUAUUGUUUACAUUUAUUUAAAAAGGAACAGCAGAAUUUGACUGAAAAUGUGAGAGUAAACAGUACAAAACAUGUGUUACAUACAAUGAACAUUGAGUGUGUAUAUAUAGAUAAUCAUAAUGCCCUUUUAUACUUAUUUAUA